UUUUGGAUCGUCUCGUUGCGGACGUGAAGAAUUGCUGAAGUUGUGCCGGAGGAGCUUCUUGGUCUCAGAACACAACACAAGCAGCAGCACCAAGGAGAGAUUUGACAAACUACUGCUAGAUUUCAACGCAGAUACUUCCAGUGUUCUGGGCAUGUCCCACCAGAAAGAGACCCGAAGGACAACCCAGGACACCUCGGAGAGACGAUGUCUCUCGGCUGGCUUGGGAACGCCUCGGGAUCCCUCCGGAAGAGCUGGAAGAAGUGGCUGGGGAAAGGGAAGUCUGGGUAUCCCUGCUGAAGCUACUUCCUCCUCGACCCAACCUGGAAAAGCGAUGUCCAUGGAGGAACCAGAUCCGGAAGAGCAGUUGCUGUGCUGCGCCAGGAACGGAGACCUAAACGGUAUUCGGAAGCUCCUCGCUUCCGAGAUGGGCGGAAAGACCACCCUGAACAUCAACUGCAAAGGUAAAUCCAAGUCUAAAAGGGGGUGGACACCUCUACAUUUGGCCUCUUAUUUUGGACACGCAGACGUGGUUCACGAAUUACUGAAGGCCAGCGCGGACAUCGACCUGCCCAACAACGUCGGAGAUACGUCCCUGCACAAGGCCGCCUGCACCGGGAGAAAGGAAGUCGUCAUGCUGCUGCUGCGCUACAAGGCGAGCGCGACCGUCAUCAACGGGACGGCUCAGACUCCCAAAGACCUCACGCGAAACGCGGAGAUCAGACGGAUGCUUGCGGCGGCCGAGAGGACGGAAGAGAGGAAACAGGAGUGCCGACUUCUCGAAGCGGCGCGAGAAGGAGACAUCAACACUCUAAGUCUGCUGCUGAGCAGCAAGAAGCCGCCCAACUUGGAAUGCACAGACGAGUUGGGCAACACUCCGCUGCACUGCGCCGCCUAUCGAGGCCAGAAGCAGUGCGCCGCCAAGCUGCUGAGGGCCGGAGCCUGCGCCGGUGUGAUAAACAAGAACGGUCAGACCAUUUUGGAGCUGGCUAGCGAUGCAGCCAUGAGGAAGCUGCUUGAAGGCAACACACACUGGGGGAUGAGACGGCAUGCCGAGAAAUUUGAGGGACUCCUCUGGAAGAGCUCCAGAUUUCUGGGCUGGCGGUCCUGCUGGGUGGUCCUCCACGACGGCGUGCUGUCCUGGUACUCCAAGCGGUCUGACGCCGCUGCCAACGUCAGGAGGCAAGGAUGCAAGUCCCUCAGUCGCGCUCAGUGCCUGGCCUGGAUGGACGCUUUGGACGAGCACUGUGGCUUCAGCACGGACGACUGCCGCUCCCAGGAGAAGGACCGCCGGCGGGGGGCCGAUGACGAGGAGGAGGAAGGGGGAGAGGAAGGCUCCUCGCCGGGCCGGAUAGCCGACGCCCUGCAGGCGGCGGAGGCGAGCCACGGCCGGCUGCGGCGGGAAGUGGCGGCCGCGCUGUCACUCAUCCAGACUGACAGCCCGGCGCGAGGUAACUGGCGGUUUUGGAUUCUGGAGAAGCUGUGGGCCAUCAACGACCUGUCACGCGAGACCGGCUCCUACUUGGACGUCUGCCUCGGACUGGUCGCCAAACAGAAAGUGGUGCGCAGCGUGAAAUUGGAGCCGGAGGCGGAGAAGAACAAGAUCCCGAGGCGAGCGCUGCAGACGUCGGCCACCGAGCGGGUCGGCGACGACGAGUUCCACGACGCCGUCUCUGGUUCCGACUCGGAGCUCUCCCUGAGCGACUCUGAGACGCUGGCGAGUCUUUCCUUCGAGGAGGACGAGGAAGGGGGCGGCAUGUUUGGCGACGGCGCGUCGCUGGGCCACCGCCAUGCCGACGAGGCACAGACGCGACCCGGCGGGAUCGCCAAGUAUAGGACGAGCUUGCCCGCACCAAUGUUUUCAAGAAACGACUUCAGCAUUUGGAGUAUUCUCAAAAACUGCAUUGGAAUGGAGCUCUCCAAGAUCACCAUGCCCGUGAUCCUCAAUGAGCCGCUCAGCUUCCUGCAGCGUCUGACCGAGUACAUGGAGCACACGUACCUCAUCCGACGGGCCAACGCCGCCACCGAGUCCCUUGAAAGGAUGAAGUGUGUGGCGGCCUUCGUCGUGUCCGCUGUGGCGUCGCAGUUGGAGAGGACGGGCAAGCCCUUCAACCCGCUGCUCGGCGAAACCUACGAACUGGUUCGGGAGGACCUUGGUUUCCGGCUGGUAUCGGAGCAGGUGAGCCACCACCCUCCCGUGAGCGCCUUCCACGCCGAGGGCCUCCGGCGGGACUUCGCGUUCCACGGCUCCGUCUACCCCAAACUCAAGUUCUGGGGGAAGAGCGUGCAGGCCGAGCCCAAAGGCGUCCUCACGUUGGAGCUGCCCGAGCACAACGAAGCGUACACGUGGAGCAAUCCCACGUGCUGCGUUCACAACAUCAUCGUGGGCCAGCUCUGGAUCGAGCAGUAUGGAAGCGUGGAGGUGCUCAACCACAGAACCGGCGAAAAAUGCUGCCUUAACUUCAAGCCAUGUGGCCUUUUUGGCAAAGAACUGCACAAAGUUGAAGGGUACAUAUUGGAUAAAAGCAAAAAGAAGUUGUGCGCCCUGUAUGGCAAGUGGUCCGAGUGCUUGUACGCCAUUGAUCCCGCCGCCCUGGAGGCUUACGGCAAAGGAGCGGAAAGCAAAAACGCCAGCAGAAAGGCUGGCAGCGAGGGCGACGCUCCCUCCCAAGCGCCCGACAGCGUGGACGUGAUUCCCGGCAGCCGGCUCCUGUGGAGGAUGCCCCCCCGCCCGGCCAACUCCGCCCAGAUGUACAGCUUCACGACCUUCGCCAUGCAGCUUAACGAGCUGGACGAGGACAUGGCGGCCGUCCUUCCUCGAACAGACUGCAGGAUGAGGCCCGACGUUCGAGCCAUGGAGAACGGCGACAUCGACUUGGCCAGCGAGGAGAAGAAAAGACUGGAGGAGAAGCAGAGGGCCGCCCACAAGAAAAGCUCCAAAACGGACGACGAGUGGAAGACGAGGUGGUUCCAGCAGGGCCCCAAUCCGCACACCGGGUGUCAGGACUGGCUCUACGCUGGCGGAUACUGGGACAGGAAAUACCCUCAUCUGCCAGACAUUUACUAGAAUUCUCUGCAAGCGGUCGCAGGGAGUGCUGCAACCUAUCCCAGCUGUCAACCGGAAGGAGGCGGGGUACACCCUGAACUGGUCGCUAGCCAAUCGCAGGGCACAUCGAGACAAACGGCCACACUCACGAUCACACCUUGGGGCAAUUUAGAGUGUCCAAUUAAUGUUGCAUGUUUUUGGGGAUGUGGGAGGAAACCCGAGUGCCCAGAGAAAAGCCACGAAGGCACGGGGGAGAACAUUCAAACGCCACACAGGCGGGUCCGGGAUUGAACCCGGGACCUCAGAACUGUGAGGCCAACGCUUCUCAGCUGCUCUACCGUGGCACCGCCUACUAACUAUUGUAUUUUAAUUUUGGCCAUGAUGAUGGUACUUGGAGCGCUAAAUAUUUUUUUUUGGUGGUACGUGUGG